CCGAUAUAAAGGACGCCCGCCACAUCCCCCACCCUCCCGUCAUCUAGUCAAUUUCUCACGACGCGCACUGCACUCUCGUCGCGCCGCCACCGCCGCUCAAGCUCCGCCCCAUGGCCUCCAUCGUCGGAUCCGCCGUCUCCUUCGCGAGGCCCGUCAAGGCAAUCAACUUCAACCCGGUCUCUUUCUCUGGUUUGAGGAAGGAUAAUGUAGCCUUCCGAUUGCAGCCAGUGCCACAAAGAUUUGCAGUUUGCUGUUCUGCUAAAAAGGAGACGGUGGACAAGGUUUGUGAUAUUGUCAAGAAGCAGCUUGCACUUGCUGAUGACACUGAAGUUUGUGGCUCCUCAAAGUUCCAGGAUCUUGGUGCUGAUUCAUUAGAUACUGUUGAGAUUGUUAUGGGUCUUGAGGAGGCUUUCGGGAUCAGUGUAGAGGAGUCUAGUGCGCAGUCAAUUGCGACGGUGGAAGAUGCUGCUAAUCUCAUUGACGAGCUUGUUACUGUAAAAUCGUCCUAAACUCGUGGCCCCCAAUGCUUUGGGUGCUUAGACUGGUACUGUACCAGGGCAUUCCUUGUUCUAUGCCCCUUCUCUGCUAGACUUUACUCUAGAGAGCUGAUUACUUUGUUACGACAAUCAUUCCGGAUCUUGCGAUAUUAUUACAUUGAAGCUUCUGCACUUGCGGAAGGGAAAUUUUGUUGCUGCUGAAUACUAAAGGGAUUUAAAUUUCA